CAUUCGCGUGCUGUGAGCGGUAUAUAAAGCCGGAGCCAAGCGCAGGGCACUCACUAGUAUCAGACAGACAGAGGCAGAUCUGUACACAUCUGUCCGGACACUGCGCUCUAUUCCUGGAUCUCUGCCCUCCAUAGCGGACUAUAUUACUCCUCCUCCUGGGAAUACAUUGGAGGUUCCACACGAUGCCAGCUGACAUGAUGGAGAAAAACUCUUCUUCUCCUGUGGCUGCCACCCCAGCCAGCAUGACAUCUACUCCGGAUAAACCCAAAACUGCUUCUGAGCAUAGAAAGUCAUCCAAACCCAUCAUGGAGAAAAGGAGGAGAGCCAGGAUUAAUGAGAGCCUGGGCCAACUCAAAACCCUCAUCCUGGAUGCCUUGAAGAAAGAUAGUUCCAGACACUCGAAGCUGGAGAAGGCUGAUAUCUUGGAGAUGACAGUGAAGCACCUCCGGAACUUGCAGAGAGUUCAGAUGACUGCUGCUCUCAGCACAGACCCCACUGUUCUGGGCAAAUACAGAGCCGGAUUCAGCGAGUGCAUGAACGAAGUCACACGAUUCCUGUCUACUUCUGAAGGAGUCAACACCGACGUCCGGACUCGGCUCCUGGGACAUCUGGCCAACUGCAUGAAUCAGAUCAAUGCCAUGAAUUAUCCUGCCCAGCCCCAGAUUCCGGCUGCCGUUGCCAACUCUCACCCUGCGUUUGGCCAGCCGAUGGUCCAACUUCCUGCAAACGGCCGGCAGAGCAGUCCCUCUCCCAUGGGUGGGGUUCCUUGCAAGAUGGGUGGCCCGCCAGUAGAAGCUGCCAAGGUCUAUGGUGGCUUUCAGCUAGUGCCAGCUUCAGAUGGACAAUUUGCCUUUUUGAUCACCAAUCCAGCCUUCCCACACAACGGACCUGUCAUCCCUGUCUACACAAACUCCAAUGUGGGCAAUGGAGUGCCAGCUGCCAUGUCUCCCUCCCUUAUGCCCUCAGUCACUGCAGACUCUGUAUGGAGACCCUGGUAACAGGACUAUACUAAGGACAGUAUUGGACAACUUUCAUUUAGAAAGACGAUUAGUUACAAAUAGGAAGUCCUUAUUUUGUAGCGAGAAUGCACUAUUAUGUUUGUAAAUAGCAAAUAUUCAUAUUGAAUGCGCUGUUGUGUAAUAAGAUUGUAACUUAUAUUUCGUUUGUCUACGAAAUUGUUAUGAUGCCAAAGACAUACAAAUUUGCUCUUAUACAUUUCUUCCUAUUCUGGAAGUUUUACUUGUAAAUAAUAAAACUGCAUAUUGUAUUAUUUUGAAGAUA